AUGUCCACCAUUCCGGGGAUUGGCAGUAAAGGGGAGAAGAAUAAAAGUAAAUUCAAGAGCAUAGAUAUCAAUACUCUAUAUAAGGGAAAAAGCGUCGAGACUCAGAAGUCUACUGUUCCUCGGCAACAUGGACUUCAAAGCUUGGGCAAAGUGUCUAAUGUGCGGCGUAUGCCGCCUCCGGCAAACUUGCCCAGCUUAAAGAGCGAGAACAGCGGGAACGAUCCCAGUGUCAGCCUUGUCCCGAGUGGGGGUUCGGGAUGGGUGUCAAAGGACGAGAAGAAAGAGGCCAGUGGAGGUGGAGCUCACCAGCCAUUGUUGCAGCCGCAGCAGGCCACGCCUACGCAACCACAGCAGGGGCAUCAGCAAGUGGCUGCCAAGACCAACAUACCGUCUGGGGGGCAAAGCAGUACGGGUGUGCGGUCUUGGAGCAAUGUCACAGGGGGUAUUCAACAAGGGGGAUUAGUAAGUCAUCAGUCACCAUUAUUUCAAGAGGAAUUUCCAAGUUUAGCUCAAGAAGAAAAAAUCAAAGAAUCGGCUCAACCUACGAAGAAGGACGACGACAUCAAGGAUACUCAAUAUGGACCAGGGCCAAGUUUGCGACCACAGAAUGUUGCAAGUUGGCGAGAGGGUGGCGGGCGUGCAGUGCCACAGCUCAAAUCAGAAGAACCCACACCAAGUUCUACAAGCUCGAAUCUGACAGAAACACAACUGAAUGGCCCCCCGACGUCCGGUGGAAGUGGUGGUGGAGUUGUAGCGGUGGCUGAUGUACCUCAGCCUCUGCCACCACCUCGUCCUGGCUCUGGCCACGGACUGCCUCAUGGAUCGCUUCCCAUGGGGCCUCCCAUGGGAAUGCCGCCACCACAGUACAGAGGAAUGAUGCCACCCUAUAUGUUUGGUAGGCUUCCACCAGGGAGUUAUCCACCCAAUUUUCCCGGAUUUCCACGUAAUCCUUUCCCACAUGACCCAAGAUUCAGAGGUCCACCCCCAUCGAUGACUCACCAGAGACAUGCAGGAGAGGGUGAAGACAAUACAAAGAGACCUGCCAUUGUGUCUGAAAAGGCACUCAAGGACUUUGAUGAAAUGCUCAAGUUAGAUGCUCAUGAAGGAGGCUGGGCUGGCCCUCAGGGAGAGAUCGACUACAGUGAGAAACUCGUAUUCAGUGAUGAUGAAGAUGAAUCAAAAGGCCCAAGAGAUCGAACUCGUCAUGAUGACAGGCGGAGACAAGCUAGAAGAGACGCUGAAGACCAUCAGAGAGAUGGAGACUACGACAGAGACAAGGAAUGCAAAGAAGAAAAGUAUAGGGAUGAUCAAGGUCCACCAAUCGUCCGGGAUGCUUGGCCACCUGGACCUCCUCCACCACAUUACAGGGGAGGCCCAAUGCCACCUCACCCUGGCAUGGACGCUCGAGGCUGGCCACCACAUAUGCGUCCGUAUGAGUUUAUGGGUCCCAGAGGAGCACCGUACCCAUUCAGGAUGCCACCUCCACCGCCACCACAUAUGCGUCCAGCGUUUGGCCCACAAGUGCCACCUGUGACAAGCCCGGGUGCUGUGCCAUCUCGUAAACCCGGCGAAGAUGAUGACGAGAUUUGGCGAAUGAGGCGCCGAGCCAACGAAGGGGAAAUUAACAAUGCUGUGGAGAGGGCGAGGCAGAGACGUGAGGAAAAUGAAAAGAGAAAAGAGACGGAGCAGAGAGCAGCUGCAGCUGAGAAGCUGAGGCAGUUGAAUGAGCGAACAAAGAAGAAAGAUGAUAGUAAAGACAGUGAUACUGAAGGCAGAGACAGCCGAACUACAAGUGAAUCCAGUGAUAAGGAGUCCACAGAAACUCGUUACAGGGACAGACCUUCUAAUAGGACUCCACCUGCUCAGAAUGACCAAGGGAACAUAAAAACCUUUGCACGGAAUGUGCCGCCCAGGUUUCAGAAACAGCAGGAGUCAGCACAGGGGCAGGGUCAAAGGCAACAGCAGCAGCAGCCUCCCAGCCCUGGAGGUAGUGUCUCACCUGGACAUCCUCCUGCGGGACCUCCCAUACCACAGGGAUUUAGACCAGGGCAAGGACCGCCCCCACCGUGGGGACCCUAUGAUCCCCGAGGUUGGCCAGGGAUGCCUGCACAUUUUCACAUGGAUCCGCGAUAUGGACCGCGACCACCUCUUGACAUGCAAGGCAUGCCUAUGUACGUGCCUUCAAUGACCAGGCGACGUAAUGACAGCCAUGGUUCGGGCAGUGAAGCUCCGGACCCUGACUCCAGGAUAGUUGAACCGUACGACAGACCUGAUCCACGUACGGAUCCUCGGGCUGUGUGGUUGGAAAGAGGCUAUGCUCCACCACCACCACCAUCUCAUCCUGGUCAGUUUGAUGACAUAAGAAGGUUGUCCUACUAUGAGCAAAGAGUUUAUCAGGGAUUUGAGUUUGAAAGAAGGGAACUGGAGCGCCGCGAUCGUGAUGAAGACAAGCAUGUUUCUGAAGGGGUCAAGCCACAUAAAGAGAUAGAGCAAAGGCCCAUUGUACUUCAGCAAGAUCUGUUUGAAGAUAGAAGUAAAAUCUCUGACAAGGACGACCACAAGUCUGACCGCAGCAGCAGUAAAGCCUCUACUGACUGGGAUCUGACCAGGACCUACUCCAAAGAGUCCAACAAAGAGGAGGCAGGAGACCCGUAUGGUGAUGAGGACGAUCACCUGAAUUCAAAGCAUGAAAAAGAUGAGCCAGAUCAAGAGGAGACGCAGGAGCAGUAUACAAGGGGUUACAGGCGAGACGGGCGCCAGGGACCAACUCCUAAAUUCAGAACUUUCACAUGCGAAGAGGUUAAACAGAGAGAGGCUUCACAAAAGGUGACAGACGCUUUAACCAGCUGUCCUCCUCCACCUGUAGCAAGUGAGCAGAACAAGCAACCUGGCAUGCCCAAGAACAGCCUGACAUCACUGAAACGCAGUGCUUCUAACAUGUCUAGCAGCUCAGCUGCUUCUUCUGACAAGGAAAAGGAAAGAGAGAUCAAAAGCGACCCACCUAAAGAGAGCCUUGUCUUUGAGAGGAACCAAGUACCUAAGAAAGAUACAGUUAAAGAGCCACCUAAGGAGACUAAGACACCACCACAUAGCAAAGAAAACAUACCACCUGAGCCGCCACGCCCAAAUGCUUGGGAAAUCAAGGAGCAGGACAG